UCCUUGGUGCCUUGGAGGCGUUCAGCUGCUUCAAGAUGAAGCUGAACAUCUCCUUCCCAGCCACUGGCUGCCAGAAACUCAUUGAAGUGGACGAUGAACGCAAACUUCGUACUUUUUAUGAGAAGCAUAUGGCCACAGAAGUUGCUGCUGACGCUCUGGGUGCAGAAUGGAAGGGUUAUGUGGUCCGAAUCAGUGGUGGGAACGAUAAACAAGGUUUCCCCAUGAAGCAGGGUGUCUUGACCCAUGGCCGUGUCCGCCUGCUACUGAGUAAGGGGCAUUCCUGUUACAGACCAAGGAGAACUGGAGAAACAAAGAGAAAAUCAGUUCGUGGUUGCAUUGUGGAUGCAAAUUUGAGCGUUCUCAACUUGGUUAUUGUAAAAAAAAAAGGAGAGAAGGAUAUUCCUGGACUGACUGAUACUACAGUGCCUCGCCGCCUGGGCCCCAAAAGAGCUAGCAGAAUCCGCAAACUUUUCAAUCUCUCUAAAGAAGAUGAUGUCCGCCAGUAUGUUGUAAGAAAGCCCUUAAAUAAAGAAGGUAAGAAACCUAGGACCAAAGCACCCAAGAUUCAGCGUCUUGUUACUCCACGUGUCCUGCAGCACACACGGCGGCGUAUUGCUCUGAAGAAGCAGCGUACUAAGAAAAAUAAAGAAGAGGCUGCAGAAUAUGCUCAACUUUUGGCCAAGAGAAUGAAGGAGGCUAAGGAGAAGCGCCAGGAACAAAUUGCAAAGAGACGCAGACUUUCCUGUCUGCGAGCUUCUACUUCUAAGUCUGAAUCCAGUCAGAAAUAAGAUUUUUUGAGUAACAAAUAAAUAAGAUCAGACUGGGAAAAAAAAA